AUGUCUGGAGUCACUGACACAGCUCACGUUAUAGCUGAUUUCUGCAUUAACCCUAUGGGAUGCGAAGUCAAUACAAGCAAGUAUCUGAAAGAGGUGAUUAAGAUUGUCGAAGAGUCUGGACUUAAUUUUCAUAUGCAUGCUAAUGGAACUAACAUAGAGGGCAAGUUCGAUGACGUAGUGUCUGUUAUUCGGAAGUGUAUUGAUAAAACCCAUCAUAUGGGAUGCCCUCGUAUCGAUACUACUAUCAGGUUUCAGACUCGUACCGACAAGUCCAAGACUAUCAAUGACAGUAUGAGCAUUGCCAAAUCAAAGAUAUGA